GCGCUUUUCCUCUUUUUCGCACGCCAAGACCCGCUGACCCGAUACGUCAUUCUUUGAGUCAGUUUUGAUAGCGCCAGCCUUGUGAGUCGAGUCGUUUCUCAGCCUUGCUUGCAGGAAUAUUCAGUGCUUUUCGAUCAAGUUCACUUCUUUCCUCAAAAAACACAUUGAUACUGUGUGUUGCGAGACUCGAUCGAUCAACAUGCUCCCGGACUCGAUCAUUGCGACUUUUGCGGCUCAGCACCCUCUUGGUGUGCUGGGUAAGCAACAGCCGGCACUUUCAAAUGAGUCCCUCCAUGAGGCCUCCAAGAGGCGCGAGCCUUUCUCCGCUUGGAGUGCGAUCGAUGACGUGAAGAAGACGGCCGACUCGAUAGCUCAAGAAGCCGCGCGAGAAUACAAUAUUGCCAGCCACAAGGCACAGGAGAAAGCUGGCAAGAUUGAGAUGUGGACCCCCAAAUACUAUGCCUCCUGUACCUUUGGCGGUUUGCUCGCCUGUGGCCUCACUCACACUGCAGUGACCCCUCUUGAUCUCAUCAAAUGUCGCCGCCAGGUCGACUCUAAGCUCUACAAGAGCAACAUGCAAGCAUUCCACACGAUUCGCGCUGCCGAGGGUUUCCGCGGCGUGUUUACCGGCUGGAGUCCCACUUUCUUUGGCUAUAGUGCCCAAGGAGCAUUCAAAUAUGGCGGAUAUGAGUACUUCAAAAAGUUCUACAGCGAUCUGGUCGGACAAGAGCGUGCUGCCAAAUGGAAGACCUCUCUGUAUCUGGUUGCCAGUGCUUCCGCCGAGCUGAUCGCCGACGUCGCCCUCUGCCCAUUCGAGUCUGUCAAGGUGCGCAUGCAGACCACCAUUCCUCCUGAUUUCCGAGGUACUUUCAGUGGUAUCUCCACAGUCGUUGCCAAGGAGGGUGUAUCCGGUCUGUACAAGGGCCUGUACCCACUCUGGGGUCGUCAGAUUCCCUACACUAUGAUGAAGUUUGCCUCGUUCGAGACGAUCGUCGAGAUGAUCUACAAGACUCUGCCGGGCCAGAAAUCAGACUACAACAAGGGUGCACAGACUGCGGUUGCAUUCACGAGUGGCUAUUUGGCUGGUAUUCUCUGUGCCGUGGUCUCACACCCGUCGGAUGUGAUGGUUAGCAAAUUGAAUGCUAACCGUCAAAUUGGCGAGGCCUUUGGUGCUGCGAUGAGUCGUAUUUAUGGUGAAAUUGGAUUCCGCGGUUUGUGGAAUGGAUUGCCCGUCCGUAUCGUGAUGAUCGGUACCUUGACCGGUCUCCAGUGGAUGAUCUAUGACUCGUUCAAGAUCUUCAUGGGACUUCCGACCACUGGUGGUAGCCCUAGCGAGGCCAAGAAGAAUUAGGCUGAGUAGAGGCAACUACAACCUCUCCCUAUGACCUCUACAGAUUGACCAUUCCUUUGCGUAUCCGACUAGGGUAAAGGAAUAUUAACUCACUAACUUAGGCGUUCCGACAUGUGAAUAUUCUUCUUUUGUUGUAUCGUAGCACAUAUCCAAAUUGAUCUCAACUCCUUCCUAACAUCGAU